CGGUUUGACAAAGAAAGCAGGAAAGCGCAGCUACACUGUUCCUGUUGACAUCAGAACAGAGUCCAGGCAAAGUUGCUCAAGGGCGCUCCAGAGUGCAAUUGCCAUGGCGCUAGGUAGAGAGGCCAUUCUGGCCCGCCAUGUUCUCCGCUCUCUGCAGCAGCACUACCUCCGCAGACAUACUGAGGCUCUGGGGGCAUGUAGCACCAGCUAUGCUGAAGCGGGAAGCAGGCCAGUUCACAAUUCAGCUGCCCGCACAGCGAGCUCUGCUGACCCAGCGUGCAACCAUGGCGAUCAUGGCCAUCCGUGCAGUCCUGCUGGCAGCUUGCAUGCAUCCACCAAAAGUUGGAUACACGGGAGUGCCAGGAAUGUAGGUGGGAUUGAACAUAGGUUGGGAUCAGGAAUGGAGAUGGGGGGUUUAGGAGUGCAGCAUCAAAUCAGGACCAUGGUGCUUGGCAUUGGGGACGGGGACGAAGACAAGGACCAUGCACGGCAUCAUCAGGAGGAGAGAGUCAUUGGGUACCCCCCUGACCAGCUCUUUGACGUUGUGGCCGCAGUCGACUUUUAUGAGGACUUUGUACCGUGGUGUCAACGAAGCGAGAUUCUGAUAAGGAAGCAGGAGGGGCCAGUAGAGGAAGUGGAGGCAGAGCUAGAAGUGGGCUUCAAAAUAUUUACAGAGAGCUACACAAGCCACGUGACCCAGGAGAGACCACGAUAUGUGCGGUCGACAGUUUCAGGCAGUAAUCUGUUUGAGUACCUGGACUGCUUGUGGGAGUUUAACAGCGGCCCCACUCCCAACAAGACAGCGCUCAAGUUCCGAGUUGACUUCCAGUUCCGAUCACCGCUCUAUCAUAGGGUUGCCAAUCUGUUUUUCGACGAAGUAGCAGCUCGAAUGGUGUCGUCCUUUGAGAGAAGAUGUGAACAAGUGUACGGGCCACCCAUUGAAGACCCGGUUGUCUCCAAUGUAGAACAAUAACGGUGAGGAUUAUGCUCUUGCGCACUCGCUCGAGCGGUUUUUUGAGGAAUUACAGGAAUCUAUACGGGUGGGCUCGGGCAUGUCAUCCGCUUUAUCUGGAUUUGUUAUAGUGCUAUUAUAUCAAGGCAAUGUCAUUGGCUUCUCGCUUGCUGAAUCCAUUCUAUGUUAAUGCAUG